UUUAUUUAAAAAAUUGAUCGAAAAAGAGGGAUAAACAAAUGCUUGUUCAGCUGUUGGGGUUAGAAAAAAACACUAAAUGAACAGCCUUAGUACAUACAGCAGGUUAUCUAACUAACCUGCUUUUAUUUUGACAUGGACGUGUCCUGAAUUGGCUUACCCAUCUCCCAGUUUUUCGUCCCGGCUGUCACUUCUGAGCUCCAGAGUAACGCUCAAUGAGAAAAGUAGAAUUUGUGGAAAAAUAACAGAUAAAAGUGGUCUCUGUUGACAAAAGUUCAGUCCGAGCAGUGGACAGUCUAACGUGUUGUCAGUUAGAAUAAGAAGUGGGAGGCUUCUCAGCAGGGAGUGAGAGAGGGGAUUAAUGUGUCCUCUGCAUACACUUUAAAGUUUCAAUGUAUGCAUUAUUUAACUUUAAAACCCCCAAAGUCCAAAGUCCAAUUUUUUUCUUCCUUUCAGGAAAGGGUUAAGAGCCAGCUAUAAUCAGAUAACAUUAAUUACAAUUCGAAGUAAACGAGUUAGUUAAAUGAGUCCAAGUUGUUUUUUAAGAUUACUUAAUGUUAUCCAAAAAAUGUUAAAUCAUUACAAAAAAAACCCAGACACUGUUGAUAGAGAAUAAAAAGCCCCUCUGAUAGUAAAAUAUCUCCCCUCCAUUUUAACCUGAUCUCCUUAUCCUUAACAGAGCUAAUGCAUGAAUGAAGACAGCUUAACGGUGUAGACAAACAGUGAUUGAGCCUGUGAUAGAAAAUCCCCUGUUUCCUUAAAGUCAAUUAUUAAUUAGGCUUGAGCCUUCCACUUCCUUAUAAUCCUCUAGUAAUCUAAUUUUGCCUAUUGGAGGAUAAUGCCAGGAGGGUAUAAAACAUCGGCCAGGACAACAUAAGCCGUCUCUCAGGUGUUGGCUAACUCCACUGGAUACUCCUGAGUAACUUCAGGGCACAGGGUGCACAGUUCCUCCAUUGAAGAUCCAGCAAAGAAGGUGACUGAAGAUGGCAUGGGAAGGAGGAUUGGAGCCUAAUGGCACAGAAGGAAAGAACUUCUACAUCCCUAUGUCCAACAGGACUGGGAUCGUUAGAAGUCCUUUUGAGUACACCCAGUACUACUUGGCGGAUCCCAUCAUGUUUAAGCUUCUGGCGCUCUACAUGUUCUUCCUGAUCUGCACUGGAACCCCCAUCAACGGACUCACAUUGUUAGUAACAGCUCAAAACAAGAAGUUACGACAACCUUUGAACUACAUUCUAGUUAACCUGGCUGUGGCUGGGCUCAUCAUGUGCGCUUUUGGAUUCACCAUCACCAUCACAUCUGCCAUGAAUGGAUAUUUCAUUCUUGGGGCCACUUUCUGCGCCAUUGAGGGCUUCAUGGCUACACUGGGAGGUGAAGUUGCUCUCUGGUCACUUGUCGUCCUGGCUGUCGAGAGAUACAUUGUUGUCUGCAAACCCAUGGGAAGCUUCAAAUUCACUGGAACUCAUGCAGCAGCUGGAGUUAUUUUCACCUGGAUCAUGGCUUUGGCUUGUGCUGCCCCCCCUCUUGUUGGCUGGUCAAGGUACCUUCCUGAGGGCAUGCAGUGCUCCUGUGGACCAGAUUACUACACUCUAGCUCCAGGCUUCAACAAUGAAUCAUAUGUCACGUACAUGUUUGUGGUUCACUUCUUUGUCCCUGUGGCCACCAUUACCUUCACAUAUGGAAGCCUAGUGCUGACUGUCAAAGCUGCUGCAGCUCAGCAGCAAGACUCUGAAUCUACCCAGAAGGCUGAGAGGGAAGUCACACGUAUGUGCGUCCUGAUGGUCUUUGGCUUCCUGGUAGCUUGGGUACCAUAUGCAUCCUUCGCUGGUUGGAUCUUCCUCAACAAGGGCGCUUCUUUCUCAGCCUUGACAGCAGCUAUCCCUGCCUUCUUUGCAAAGAGCUCAGCCUUGUACAACCCUAUCAUUUAUGUGCUGUUUAACAAACAGUUCCGUAACUGCAUGUUGAGCACUAUUGGAAUGGGUGGCAUGGUGGAGGAUGAGACCUCAGUAUCUGCCAGCAAGACAGAAGUGUCUACUGCUUCUUAAUGAUGAUGACUGGAUUGAGUCUCUGGACAUUUUCUUUACUUGCUGUUUCCAGAUUCUAAAAAAGAUCCAGGAAAAAAAGACUUUUCAAAUGUGGAUUCAUGGCUUUGACGGACUCUGGACUGAACACACUGAGGAAUUCUAUCUGAUCUGUAAAUAUAUAUAUGUGUGAAAAAGGCAUUUGCUGUGAAGGUUAUAUCAUGUGCAGCAUUUGUCUGUCUGUGUGUGCGUGUGUGAGAUAAUAUGAGUGUGUGAGAAAACUGCAACCAACAUUUGAUGUACAGCAUUUGAUGACCAACCCAACACUUGACAAAACAACAGUAUCUGCUUUUCUGAAUGUGUUUUUGCACAUGUAUACAUGUUUUUCAUGUCUAGUACGACAUCACUUUCAUUUAUUUUAUGAAAAAAAAGAACAAAAAAAUCUAGGAAGAAGAAGAUAA